AUGUCUGGAGCGUUCAGUGCCGCCUGCCUGACGUAUGCUCAGAUCUUCAGAUACACUCUGUCACUCUCUCUGGACCAGAGCCGGCCCGGCGGCCCCGCCGUCGAGAGCGCGCGGGACGACCACUGCAGCUGGAAGCCUCGUCCCCGCGCAAAAAGACCACCGCAGGGCCGCGGACGCCGGCAGCGGCGCGAGCACCCGAGCGGGGCGGGGCGCGCGGUAACGCUGAGGGCCUGCCCGGGCCGCCCGGCGCGCGAUCUGAAGCCGGGACGUGCGGGGGCGGCGCUGUGGGCGGCGGCUGGGCGCGGGCGAGGCGGCGAGGGCGUCGGCGGCAAGCGGGCUUCGGGCGCGCGCGCGGGGGCGGCGGCGGGCCGGCCGGGCCGGCGGUGCGCCGGCGGACCGCCGGACCGGGCGCGCGGCGGCGCGCGGGGCGCCCGCGCGGGCGGCGGCGCCAAGAGCAAGAGCCGCCGCAAGAAGGGCGUCAUCGCCGUGUCGGUGGAGCCGCACCGGCACGAGGGCGUGUUCAUCUACCGCGGGGCGGAGGACGCGCUGGUCACGCUGAACAUGGUGCCCGGCCUGUCGGUGUACGGCGAGCGGCGCGUCACGGUGACCGAGGGCGGCGUGAAGCAGGAGUACCGCACGUGGAACCCGUUCCGGUCCAAGCUGGCCGCCGCCAUCCUGGGCGGGGUCGACCAGAUCCACAUUAAGCCCAAGUCCAAAGUGCUGUACCUGGGCGCCGCGUCGGGCACCACGGUCUCCCACGUCUCCGACAUCAUCGGCCCCGACGGGCUGGUCUACGCGGUCGAGUUCUCCCACCGCGCCGGCCGCGACCUGGUCAACGUGGCCAAGAAGCGAACCAACAUCAUCCCGGUGCUGGAAGACGCGCGGCACCCGCUCAAGUACCGCAUGCUCAUCGGCAUGGUGGACGUGAUCUUCGCCGACGUGGCGCAGCCGGACCAGUCGCGCAUCGUGGCUCUGAACGCGCACACCUUCCUGCGCAACGGGGGCCACUUUCUCAUCUCCAUCAAGGCCAACUGCAUCGACUCCACCGCCUCCGCCGAGGCUGUGUUUGCCUCGGAGGUGAGGAAGUUGCAGCAGGAGAACUUGAAGCCUCAAGAGCAGCUGACCCUGGAGCCCUACGAGCGGGACCACGCCGUGGUCAUCGGAGUCUACCGGCCCCUCCCCAAGAGCGGCGGCAAGUAGCGCCAGCCCCGCUCUCCUCGCCGUCUCCCCGGGCCCGUGCUGUGCUGGGUGUCAUUAUGGAUGUGCCUCCUCUGUGUUUCGUUUUGUUGUUUUUCUAUUAAACGGCAUAAAGAAACAGUA